AUGACAAAAACAAGGGUAGAAGAGAAGCACUCAACCAGAGUUGACAAAUUUGAUAGUCUGUGUUGUAAGUCAGGUUUGCUGCUGUCAAUUGUGUGCUGUAUCGCACUUAUUCACGUAGAACUUCGAGUACAAGAACAUCAUCAACAGAUUUCAAACUCAGUGACACGUUGUGGUCAGUUGGAAACAGAAAUCCUUCGAGUGCAUCAGAAUAAUGGAAGAUGGAGAGUAACCGAAAGCAGCGAUUCAGAUUUGGGACAAGGUGAGUAUUGACAAAAAAGAGAGCAAAGAUAGGUGGUCAUAAUUGGCUUCCGCCAGGAACAAGGUGAAUCGUUUUAGGCCUACGGUGAAGGACAUGUGUUAAUAUCCCCUUUAAGAAACACUGCUUUUUUAAAAUGAAACGCAACGGUCAAAACGAAAGAGGAAAUGAACGUUGCAGGGUAAAAUGGUUUCCUUUUAAGCGAAUUGUACAUUCAAAUCCUACCCGCUUGGGGAGCCAUGUGAUCAAUUCACUAUGUCUUUCCCAGUUUCAGAAACCGAAAAAGACAAAGUGAAUUAAUCACUGAAGUUUAUUAAAUAAACACGGUUCAUGUUCUAUUUCCUGUCAUAAGGUCAGGAAACCUUGUCACGACAAAAACGUGCUUCAUCCGAUGACUCACAAGCGAAACCUGUGAAAACAGCCUCUGAUAUAAAACUGCUGAUUAAAGAAGAACUUCGUCUCCUACAGAAUAAAAUAUGUGUCAAAGAUGAAAAGCUCUGUCGACCAGGACCAAAAGGUAACACUGGAAGGCGGGGAAGGCGAGGACCCCAAGGAAUACAAGGCCGCCGAGGGAAACCCGGCCCAACAGGACCUCCUGGUAAACAUGGACCAACAGGACCUCAGGGACCAAUGGGCAAAAAGGGGGAUCGCGGACUGCAGGGUCCGCCAGGUCCCGCAGGACCCAGAGGUACGCCGGGAGAGAAAGGCGCACCGGGACAAUCUAUCUCGGCUCCCUCCCUAUUACAACAGCCUGUUGAAACGACAGUCAAUAAAAGUCAGACAGCCAUCUUGAAAUGUACAGCGGUUGGCAAUCCACCACCAAAGGUCACAUGGUCUAAAGUGAAUUCAUCACUUCCUGUCGGUCGUCACGUGGCAGAGUCCAGUGGUGCUCUAAUUAUUCAGGAUGUUAGAGCUGGGGACGAGGGCCAAUACACCUGUGAAGCCGAAAAUUUGCUGGGAAACAUCAACGCAACAGCGAAGCUAACGGUGCAGUGUAAGUUCCUUCUUUUUCUUCAAGAUUUUUAAAAAAGGUGCCCCUCAUCUUCAUACAUUUUCCGACAUGUUUCUAAGAGAGUUCUAACGGACAACUAGGGUUGUUCUCUUCUUACCGUUCUUCAUUUAUUUCCUUUGACCAUCUUUAAAACUUGCAUACAUCUCUAAAAGGGACAGUAACUAUUGGUCGCAACGGCUUUCAUUCUAUCAGUACGGUAAAACCCGCGACUAAGAACCUGUUAGGCUAAAAUUUGCCAGUUAGGCCCCCUCUAUACAAGAACUUGUUUAGCCCUAAAAUUUGAAACACAUUCUUAUUUUCUAAAAUCUACCAAAAAAAUUCUGUACACUUAAGGAAAUAAGAUAAGUCAACAUUCAGGACCCUCUUCGGAGACAUAUCACUUCAUAUCACUUCAAAUAUCACUUCAAAUUCACAUGACUACUGUACUCGCCAAACACUCAAGAAUGCAAGAAUCGAGUAAGAUCUUCGUUGAGCACACGCUACGUGUUGCUAGGAUACAAUUUAGAAUCUGUGCGCGUGGUACAGAGGGCCCAGUUAUGACCAUCUGUGUAUCAACAAUUGGAUUUCGCAUUCGAAAAACCAGUUUGACUAAAGGAAAAAAGAUUGACUAGUCCAGAAAUUUGGUCUGCAGUGAGAAGUCUCGAAACUGCGCUAAGUCCGUCUCUUCUGUUUUCCUCCGAGACGAGCGUCCCACCAAAAUGGAUUCCUUACUCGAUUGAUGAGAAUUGGAAAAGUGACGGUCUAGUGGCCAAAGGCAAAUUUCGACCAGAUUUCCAAAUUUCAUUUUCUAAAACUUUGAGAAACAAAUAGCAUCACGUGAAAGUACAGGCAGAGAGCUUUCAUCUGAAUGGUCACAUCAUAGGAUUUCGUCCACAGACUCAAAAGUUAGAGUCACGUUACAAAACUCUAUCAAAAACUUGGGCAGUGAAAAGAAUAAACACUCUUAGCCACGAUGUAUUUUUUCUUUUAGAAAAUAAGAACCUAUUGAAGAGCCUAAAUAGCCUAAAGUUGUGCUUAUUACCAUUUAUGUAAAAAAGAACUGUUUAGGUUAAAUUGAGAAAAUGCAGGUUUUUAGUCGCGGUUUUUACUGUAUUUUGUUUGCAAAAAAACAUGAGUUUCUUUUCUUGCCAGGUCCACCCUCUAUUGUAUUGUCAUCAAAUCGCAUAAUGGCUGAAGAGAGAAAAAACAUCACCAUGGCCUGCAUUACUACUGGCCAGCCGCAACCCACCAUCACGUGGUCAACGUUAGGAGGUACUUUGCCCAAAGGCAGAAAUAAAGUGAUGAAUGGAGCCCUAACAAUCUACGACAUGGUAAAAAAAGACGGUGGAACGUACAUUUGCAAGGCAGAAAACAUUCUUGGCUCAGUAGCAAAGACGGCUCAACUUAUGGUUUUCUCUCCUCUGCGAUUCAGAGUCCUUCCCCCUACAGAGUCAACACCUGUUAGCUUUGGUUCAAUCGUUCGUCUGCCAUGUGUAGCCGAGAGUGACCUGAAAACUACAAUUACCUGGACAAAGGACGGUACUACACUUCCUGCUGAAACAAGCUUUCUACAAGACAACACACUGGUUCUUAACGGCUUCAAGAAAUCGCACGAAGGGUAUUACACCUGUACUGCAACUAAUGCUCUGUCAAAAGUCAAAGCGAAAGCAAAACUCAAUUCUCCAGUUGGUGUCGCUUCCUGUUCUGUGAUUAAGAAAUACGUCAGCGGUCUAAGCGGGAAUUACGUCAUUGAUCCAGAUGGCAAGGGAGGUUUGGCACCAUUUACAGUUUAUUGUGAUAUGACAGCUAAAAAUGGAGUUGGCGUGACGGUUAUUAGUCACGACAGUGAAAGCAGAACAACCGUAAAAGGAUACAAUGCUCAGGGUAGUUACUCACGUGAUAUUCAUUACACAGGAGUGAGUCUCUCUCAGCUGGCGAGUCUUACCAGAGUCUCCUCGAGUUGUGAACAGUUUAUCAAGUACGAGUGUUACAAUUCGGUUUUGCUUUACAACAACAAUCAAUAUGGGUGGUGGGUGUCACGAGAUUCUACCAAGAUGACGUACUGGGGCGGAGCAUCUGGCAAUAGCAAGUGCGCAUGCGGGAUGAUUAGCUCGUGUGCAUAUCCCAGUUAUGGCUGUAACUGUGAUGCGAAUGACUAUGUAUGGCGUGAAGACAGCGGUCUCCUCACUGACAAGACCAAGCUUCCUGUAAAACAACUCAGGUUUGGGGAUACUGGUGGUGGCAGAGAACAAGGUUACCACACGCUCGGAAAAUUGAAGUGCUUUGGGACAGCAUAA